AUGUCAACAACAGCAACGAUCACAGCAGCAGGCGGCGGCGGGCACCCCGGCUCAGACGGGACCAUGAGCUCCCAAUUCUCGAUCCGCAACUCUAUCUCGUCUCUUGCCUCGUCACGGGCUUCGCACCAGCCUAACAGCAUCUCCCGAGCCUACCGCCAAGCCUCACAGCUUUUCCUGACGCGUCGCCUGCCCGAGGCCCUUUCGACCGUGCUGCCUCUCAUCACGCCGCAGACCGAUGUCUCGUCUGCGAAUGGAUACACAGAGCCCGCCCCCGUAGCUCAAGCGUCAAAAUCCACGCGAGUCAAAGUCUGGAGCUUGUAUCUCACAAUCCUCAAUGCCAUCCUUGAACUGGAUCCCAACGAAGGCAAGGAUGCUUUUGGCGCUCAAGAGUGGCGCUCUUUAUGCACAAAGGUUCGGGAUGGAGAUGUCUGGGAGGAAGUCGUCCAGUUUGGCUACCACGGCUCUGAAGGCGAGGUCGACUGCGACGUUGUUAUCAACCUCGCAACUCUGCUCCUCGCUCAUGCCAGGACACAAGUGUUGAACCAGAAACGCCUCGAGAGUUACCUUGCGGCUUCUGCGACACCGAAUCUCGACAUCAUGCAGCGGCUGGAACAGGCUCGGUCUCCACCCCGUAUGGGCUCGAGAACUCGUCGGCCGUCCUCACGUGGUGGACCAAGCGGCGCAGACACUCCUCGAGACCUCAAUGCCAGAGUGAAGAUCUUGGAGCUGUACACACUGCACGUCCUUCUCAGAAACAACGAGUGGGACUAUGCUCGAGAGUUCAUCAGCCUCAGCACUGUCCUUGACGAGGAGAGGCGAGACGCUUUCCUGCAAGCACUUCAGAGUUUGCAAGAGGAGCAACAGGAAGCAGAGCGUCUGGAGCGGGAGGAGAAGGAGCGACAGGACGAGCAGCUGAGAAAAGACCUUGAGAUGGCCCGUCAACUGCGGGCAGAGAAUGAAGAGCGCGAGCGUAAAAGACUAGAGGAAGAGCGAAGCCGGCGUGAAGGAAGCGAAGUCGACUACGGAAUCGACCAGUCUCCGGUCAUCAAUCAAACCAACACGAAUGGCAGUGCCAAUGGAAGCUCUUCAGGCAAGCCUCGACAUUCAAGGAAAUCAUCCUCGGUAUCAAAACGGCCAGGCCAGGCUGCCCCAAAGGGCAAGGCCGUCGUCAACAGCAGAGCUGUCACAACGACAAAUACCCUGUCAGCUCGUGUCUCCAUGUUCAUGUCGUACCUCAGCCGGCUCAUGGAGCAGAUGGGCGUCCACUUUCGGACAAAUCCUGUAGCAUUAUUGAAGCUGGUGGCCUAUAUUGCCAUGUUUGCCACCAUGUUGGGCAACAGAAAGUUCCGCGAGCGCAUACAGCGCGUUCUGGGCACUGGGUGGAACAAGGUACGAGCCACCGCGGGCAUGGGCGUCAAGGUCAGCUACAUCUAG